UUUUGCUUGAACAACCACCAGCACUAAUUGUUGUCGUUUUUUUACAGUUAAUGUCGUUUUAUAUUUUUUUGUCGUUUUUCAAAGAUAAACGGCAGAGGAAGUUGAACUAUUAAUGUCGUUUAUUAUGUCGUCUUCAUUCUUCCGCGCUAAAACCUUAAAACCCUCGUUUAGGGCUCGAAACUGAAAAAAAACCAGAAGUUUGAGAGUAAAUCGAAGAAGAUGGGAAAAUUCCCAACAUCGUUUCGGUCUGCUGUUUCAUCGGCACAACUCAAACUAUCAUCUCCUCUUGUUCCGGCCGAGUCCCCAUCUCCCAUGCCCAACAGACCCUCAAAGUCUAGACCUUCCGCCAGAACAACCCGGAAACCCAACCACUCUUCCGAGCCCACCAAAUCACCAGCCCCAUUCAAGUCUCCAAGUCUCUCAGACGCCAAGAAGAUCUUCAACACCAUUGUCACCACUGCAAGAUCCCCUCUUGACCAGCGUUUUCAUAACUCCCUCCUCCAAUCCUACGCCUCAAUCUCCACCGUCAACGAUUCCAUCUCUCUUCUCCGCCACAUGAUCAAAACCCAUCCUUCCUUCUCCCCUGACCGGUCCACUUACCACAUAUUGUUAGCUGAGUCCUGUAAAGGACCAGAUUCCAGUCUCUCCCCUGUCCACCAGGCCCUCAAUCUUAUGGUUAAUGAUGGCUCCAACCCAGAUAAAGUCACCACUGAUAUAUCCGUACGGGCUCUCUGUUCGGUGGGUCGGAUUGAGGAUGCCAUUGAAGUGGUAAAAGAACUGUCUUUGAAGCAUGCGGUACCUGAUACUUUUACUUAUAACUUUCUUGUUAGACAACUAUGCAAAUUCAGGACACUUAGUACUGUUUAUGAUUUUAUUUAUGAUAUGCGAAGUUCAUUUAGUGUGAAGCCUGAUCUUGUUACUUAUACUAUCUUGAUUGACAAUGUAUGUAAUAGCAAGAACCUCAGGGAGGCCACUAGGCUAUUAGGGGUUUUAGCUGAGGAAGGGUUUAAGCCUGAUUGCUUCCUUUAUAAUACUAUUAUGAAAGGAUAUUGCAUGGUGAGUAAGGGAAGUGAGGCCAUUGGGGUUUAUAACAAAAUGAAGGAGAAUGGGAUUGAGCCUGAUCUUGUCACUUACAAUACUCUGAUUUUCGGGUUAUCGAAAUCCGGUAGAGCUAAGGAAGCUAGGAAGUAUUUGAGUAUCAUGGCUGAGAUGGGUCAUUUCCCUGAUGUAGUAACUUAUACUUCUUUGAUGAAUGGGCUGUGCCGGGAGGGGGAUGCUUUGGGGGCAUUUGCAUUGUUGGAGGAAAUGGAAGCCAAGGGUUGUUCUCCUAAUUCAUGCACUUAUAAUACUUUGCUAUAUGGGUUUUGUAAGUCAAGGUUUUUGGAGAAAGGAAUUGAGUUGUAUAAGUCAAUGAAGGAAGGUGGAUUGCAGCUUGAGACAGCUGCUUAUGCUGCAUUUGUGAGGACCCUUUGCAGGCAUGGUAAGAUUGCGGAGGCUUAUGAAGUAUUCGAUUAUGCGGUUGAGAGCAAGAGUUUGACUGAUGUUGCUGCUUUCUCCACACUGGAGGUUACACUCAAGGGGUUGAAAAAAGCUACAGAACAAAGUCAUGUUUUAUAAAUGAUUGCCAGAUUUAGUUCAAUGAUCUAAGCUUAAGCUGGGUGACUCAAGUGACAAAGAAGACAGAAAUUUAGUGGUCAAACAAAGAUAAAACAUUGGUAUGCUGUUAUUUACUUGCUUCAAACUUAAUAAUACAGGAUCAUCUAAUUCACAACCUUGCACUUGGUUCCAUUCAUGCCUGUGUUUCUUUUGCUGCCUCUACGUGUUUUGAGGUAUUAAAAUGUCCAUUAGUACUUGAACAGUGAGUCUUUUGUAGGAACUUCUUUUGUUUUGAGGUGCCAACUACUGUCUUUUUGACUCCUUGGUGAAAGGAUGCAGUUAUAUGUGUAAAGAUAAAUCUCUGCCAAAUGCCAAUUCUAUCUGCACAUGAUUAUAGCUCAGCUAGCUGGCUUCAAAUGCAAGUCUGCAACAGCUACAAGUUGAACUGUUACAGUCAAUUUCUAAUGGGGCAGUGAUGGGCAGCAACCGCAAGCCACUGGCCCUAAGGAUUAAGAUCCAAAUUAUAAAAGUCUCGAAUGCCAUGAAGACUUGCAUUGUACUGUAAUAAAGCACCUAGCACAGCUGUGAGGACUGGCACUAAAGACAGUAAUCACUAGCAUAUGAUUAUAUUGGAUAAACUAUACUCCCUCUCUUGACACAAAAGUUGUAAUUUCCAUCAUAUUGUUCAGGCAAGUUCCCACCUUUCACUCAGCGUUGUAAUAUCCUGUAAGAUUUUGAACUCUUGAUUUAUAUCUAUAAGAUUCAUUGGUUUUACAUC